AUGUCUUGGAAAGAAAAACAUUUAUAUGUAAGUACUCCUAUUAAAAAAGAAGCUACUCAGAGAAGCAGCAAUAGAAAAGUUGAAGGCGCCAGUAAAAGAUCUUGUACAUAUAAAUUUUAUCUUCCUAAAUUCGAAGGAAUUAAAUUAAAGGUAUGUAAAACAAUAUUCGGCGACACAAUAGCUAUCAAACCUUGGACCAUUACCCACUGGCUUAACAAUAAUUCGCAAGUUAUAUUUGAAAAUAAAUUUAAAUAUCUUCAAUCCUCCUCCACUCUUAACAACGAUUUACAACCAUGUGUUAAAAAUGCAAUUACUGAGAGCAUUAAUAAUGGUGAUUCGAGUCACAAUGAAAAAUUGUACGCAAAUGUGACUAGUUCAACCUUCAUUGUGAAACCUAAGAAUCCUGGACAGGAUUCUAAGGUAACGAAAACUAAUGUCUUGCAAAUGGUCAAUCCAGUAGACGAACAAUUGGUUGUCAUUAAGAAAAUAGGUAACAAUCUUUGCUUACAAUUCAAUGAAAUUAUAAAAAAAUUGAAAAGAAAAUACGACAUGUCUGUAGAGGUUAACUGCAAAAAAGUGGAAGAUUUAGAAAAUAUUAUGCAAUGCAUAUCACCUGCUAACCAAAACGUUUACUUUGAUAUUGAUAAACGGCUGAAAUAUCAGUUACUAAAAGUACAAGUACAGAGCAGGAUUAAUAUUUUGAUAGCAAUAUAG